AUGUUCAGGAUAGCAGCGAAGCAGUGUUAUUUCUUGAGUGCAUGUUGUGUGGGGAUUCUGUCUCUAUCUGAAUUAGAAACGCCUGAGUAUUUGUUUAUAGAGUCAGCUGUUAUUCAGCCCAGUCCUGACACUGGUGUUUGCCCCCUGGGACACUUCCCCUGUGGUAACCUCACGGAGUGCCUGCCCCAGCCACUACACUGCAAUGGGGUCGCGGACUGCAUCAAUGGAGCUGACGAGGAGAACUGCGUUGAUAACAGUGGAUGGCCUCAUCUUUUUGAUGCCUUUUUAAAGAAAAAUGUUGAAGAGACAAAGGACUGUUUGCUGGAUUUCAAUUCUGAGGACUGCCAGUGCGAGGGCAGAAGAAUGGAUUGCAGUAACAAGGACCUGCAUGCUGUGCCAGCGGUCUCCUCCAACGUGACUGCUCUAGAUUUGAAGAACAAUCACAUCAGAUCUUUAUCAGCUGAUCUAUUUAUCAGAUACAAAAACCUGGAGAGGCUACACUUGCAGAAUAACAGCAUUGGAAUCAUAUCUAACAAGGCUUUUUCAGGACUUUUCAAACUUCAAAAACUAUUCCUCAACCAAAAUCACAUCACCACGUUGAAGGCAGGGGUCUUCCGGGAUCUUCAUCACCUCGAAUGGCUAAUUCUGGAUGACAACAAAAUAAGCACGAUCACUCAGAAGUCAUUUAUAGGACUCCAGUCCCUCUUCUUUCUAUCUCUGCUGAACAAUUCACUGGAGCAAGUCCCCAGGAGGUCCAUCUGCGUGGAAAUUCCAAGAUUAAACUGGCUAGAAAUGGAAGGAAAUAUGAUUCGAUCCCUGCACUGUUCAGCUUUCAGGGAAUGUGCUGCCUUGACAGUGCUAGUGCUGCGCAGGAACCGAAUAAGGAUUCUUGAAGAAGACACAUUUUCUGCCAUGCACAAGCUUAUAGAAUUAGACUUGUCCAUCAAUAGAAUUCAAGAGCUGCCGCCUGCUUUGUUCCGAAACCUACACAGUCUGAAGCAGCUGAAUAUUUCACACAACCCUCUGUCUCAAAUCCACGACGAUCAGUUUGACAGCCUCGUUCAUUUGCAAUCACUAAGUAUAGAGGGAAUAGAAAUUCAAAACAUGCACAAUCGAAUGUUUAAAAAUCUGGGAAACCUUUCACACAUAUAUUUUAAGAAGUUUGAGUACUGUGGCUAUUCACCGAACGUGCGCAGCUGUAAGCCCAACACUGACGGCAUCUCCUCCUUCGAGAACCUGCUGGCUAAUAUCAUCCUGCGAGUGUUUGUCUGGGUGGUGGCCUGCAUCACCUGCUUCGGGAAUGUGUUUGUGAUCUGCCUGAGGUCCUGCAUCGCUUCAGAGAACAGGCACCACACCAUGUCUAUCAAGUCUUUGUGCUGUGCAGACUGCUUGAUGGGGGUCUACCUCUUCUUCAUUGGCGCGUUUGACAUCAAGUACUAUGGGGAGUACAACCGUCACACCCAGAACUGGAUGGAAAGCACACAGUGCCAGCUCAUCGGUUCCCUCGCUAUGCUUUCCACUGAAGUAUCAGUCAUGCUGCUGACAUACAUGACCCUGGAGAAGUACCUCUGCAUAGUCUUCCCCUUCAAUAAUUACCGCGCCGGCAAGAAGCAGACCCUUUCCACCCUCAUCGCUAUCUGGGUGUUGGGCUUCAUCAUUGCAGUGAUCCCUUUCUGGGACAAGGACUCCUUCGGGAACUACUAUGGGAGGAACGGAGUCUGCUUCCCCCUCCACUCCGACCGGACUGGGAAACCUGGAGCGAGGAGCUAUUCCACAGGGAUAUUUCUUGGCUUGAACCUGUUUGCCUUCAUCACCAUAGUCUUCUCCUACACCAGCAUGUUUUAUUCAAUUCGGAAAACUGGAGCCCAGACGGCCGAGCGGAGUGUCUUCCAUCGAGAGGUGGCCAUCGCCAAGCGCUUCUUCUUUAUCGUGUUCACCGACGCCCUCUGCUGGAUUCCUAUAUUUCUACUCAAAAUCCUCUCGCUGUUGCAGGUGGAAAUACCAGGUACCAUAACCUCCUGGGUGGUAAUCUUCAUCCUGCCAAUCAACAGUGCACUGAACCCCAUCCUGUACAGCAUCACCACAACUUCCUUUCAGGAGAGACUCAAGCACUGCCUGCAGAUGAAAUGGAAGCAGCUGGGAGUCAAAGACCGUCGCCAAAGCACUGCCAUGUCAACCAUAAACACAGCAACGUCAUGA